CCCACCUUGCCGUGGUGAUCCCGCCCGGCCGGCCCUUCGGGUCCGGCCGCUAAGAGGCUGGUCGCACUAACCAUCGUCCGGGAUAGGCCGAUCCCGGACUGGACUAACACCUUGGCACGACAUGCAACCGACGAACUAGCCCGACGUCGGCCAGAGGGUGUAGGGCUUCCAGGGGCAGCCCCCCUCAACUAACAAAAUAUGAAUACACCAAAUAUGAAUAGUAGCUUCGGAGCCCUCCUACCGGGAGGGUCGGUCUCCGAAGACCCUAGAUCCGGCAGGCGGGAGUGGUGCACGUCCCGUCGGUCGCUAUCAACGAACAGCACCAAAAAUGCGCAAUUGAACUCGGAUCGGACAGUUGGGUUUUUGACAACGGAUGUAUUACGACUAAGGGGCGGGGGAAACCCCAAUAAUCCACCAGACACAAGCGACGAUAGUGGUGCCAUGGUUGUCGACUGGUCUGAGACACAAGAGGCGGGCACUAAGCGAGGCUCUUCCUCCUCAGCAAACCCUGACCAGACAGUCAAAAAGAAGCCGAUAGCAGACGGCAAGGACCUUAUGAAAGCAGUCAAUACACACCUAGGGUGGAUCGAACACACGAUCACCCUCGAAAGGACGAAAAAGCUAACUGCGGCAGCUGCUGACGGUAUGUCAGAGCGAAUUACGGCCAUAAGAAACUUAUAUUCUGAUUGCUGCCUGGAGAACAGCCGUCUCCAGGGAGUAACGCAGUUCAGUACACAAGAAUUGAGCGGCAUUUUGGAUCCGUUCACUAAGUCCCUCGCCAAAAAGUGCGAUGAAAUUAAUGAAUUAAAAAGAGAAAACCAGGAGCUUAAAGAGAGGCUAAAAAAUCAAAAUACUUCACCAACGAAUAUACCAAGCACAAUGCCUAAGCAACAAACAAUUUCAUACGCAAGCGUAGUAAAGGAGAUACCGGCUGCGGCCAAAGCCAAAUCGUCCGGCAACAGUAAACGCUCAUCACUGGAUAAAUGCCGAAAGGCCAAAACAAGCACACGCUUCAUUAUUGACGUGCCGGAAGAUAGGACGAUAGGCCAAGUUAAGACAGAUUUGUGGCAAACGAUAUCUAAUGAACUGCCAAUUCCAAGGGCUAGAACAAUCACCCAAGGGCAGACGAUUGUGGUCUUACCGGAUGACAAACCUACGUUCGAGGUGUUAUGUCGGAUACCGAAUAUCAGGGCAGUGGGUCCACGAUUACCAAGAGUGAUCAUCUACGAUGUAGAUAUCAAUAUUACAGAGACCCAAGUAGUUAAUGCUGUCAGAGAUCAGAAUCCAGAACUUGGUCUGACUCAGGAUGACGCGAAAAGCAUGAUAGUAAAAUACAGACUUGGCCCAAGAAACGGUGAAACAACACAUUGGGUGGUAGAAACCCCACCUGAAGCACUGUCCAAGAUCGAAAAUAAAAAAGUCUUCAUUGGUUUAACAAGAUGCAGGAUUAAAGUACACCAGCAUAUGCCGCAAUGCUAUAAGUGCCAGGGCUUUGGGCAUACGGCCCUAAAAUGCAUCCAAGAACUACCCACCUGUAGACACUGUGCAAACCAGCACGACAGCAGGGAAUGCAUGGCAAAGGAAAAGGCAAUCUGCACUAAUUGUAAGGGUGACCAUAAAGCGUCGAGUACAACCUGUAAGUCCAGAAGCAAGGCGAUCCAGAGCCUUCUUAGGCGCACCGACUUCGGGUCAAAAUGAUUAGAGUUGUCCAGCAUAAUUUGAAUGGGCAGCGCAUGGCCUCGUUACAGCUUCGAGACUACUGCGCCAACAACACAGUUAAUAUCGCACUCAUA